GUUUUGUUUGCGUUUCAUGGCAGCUUUGAAGGGACGGCUUGGGCAGAGCCCUACCCAGCAGCCUCAGACUUGUGUGCACAAAAAGAGAGCCACAUGUCUGUGAGUACGAAGUAAGAGUUGCCGGAGCUGGUACGUACUCCGGAGGAGGCAGACGGCUCAGGAGACGGGAUGACUCAGUAUAAGAGAGUCUGUUAAGUGGCGUAUUGCAUCUGACCCAUCUACGAGCAGCCUUAUCAGAUGCAUCUUACUGCUGCACUGAUGACCAGAUACGUGCAUGGCAGGAGUGAAGUAGAAGUGAAUGUGGGAUGCGGAGCGGUGGCUUCCUGGGAGUGGAACUAGCUGGAUGUUCUCAGAGUGUUGCACCAAGGCUGAAGAUACCUGCUGCGCUGAUGUUCAGCCCGUCCUCUGCUGUGAACCCGUGCACCUCCCCACGGGUGCCCCAGACCGCCCCCAUGGACCUGCGGAUCGGGCAGCGCGUCGUCAAGCCCGGCUCUGACACCACCUUGCUGGCCCUGAAGCACACGCAGCAGCUGCAGCACCAGCUCUUCCUCGCCAGCCUGCACCAGCAGCAAGUGGAGCAGCUCGCCCACCAGCACGUGAGGGUGACCAUGGAGUCCCCACACCGCGAAGCCGAGCCUGGGCAGCAGGAGCAGGAGCUGCGGCAGAUCCUCAAUAAGGACAAGAGCAAGCGAAGUGCUGUGGCCAGCACGGUGGUGAAGCAGAAGCUGGCUGAGGUCAUCCUGAAGAAGCAGCAGGCGGCUUUGGAGAGGACCAGCAACCCCAACUCUUCAGCCAUGCCGUACAGGUCUCUGGAGCCUCUGGAUCCCGAGGGCCCUUCCCCUCCUGUGCUCAGCACCUUCCUGCCCCCUGUCCCCAGCACUUCUCUUGACCCCCCAGAGCAUUUUCCGCUUCGGAAGACAGCAUCUGAGCCCAACCUGAAGGUGCGUUGCAAGCCCAGGAAGUGCCUUGACCGACGCAAGAAUCCCUUGACGCGGAAGGAGAGUGCUCCCCCCUCGUUGAAGAGGCGGCCGCCCGAGGCAAUCGACUCCUCCCCGAGCAGUAGCAGCACCCCUGUGUCCGGCUGCAGCUCUCCCAAUGACAGCCUCCCCGCCGAGCAUGGAGCCCUCCCCGCUGCCUCUGGCAUGGCCCACGAGACGCCCCUGGCCCAGCGCUUGAUGAUGCAGGAGAGCUCACUGGCCCAGUUUGCCCUGCAGAGUGCAGCCUCCCUUCCGGCCAUCACGCUGGGAUUGCCGGCUACCACUAGUGCCAGGGGAGAGGGAGAUCGCCGCCCCCUCUCCAGCCUGGCACACCGGGUGCCUGUGCUGAAUGGACCUGUCCUCACGGGCACGCACUCACCCAUGUUCAUACCAGCUGGCUUGGAGCAGCACGAGGCUGGGAGCCCCUUAUCCCCUCGGCUCCAGCCUGUCAUCAUCCUUGAGCCCUCGGUCACCCACACUCCGCUGGUGGCGGUGCCAGGUCUGGGAACGGUCCCCUUCUCCUUCGCCCCCUCACUCAUCUCAGCAGAGCGUCUGUCGCUCCCAGGCCACCAUAAACCGCUGGGCAGGACCCGCUCGGAGCCCCUGCCCCAGAACCCCAAGGCUAUCCAGCAGCAACUGGUGUACCAGCAGCAUCACACCCAGUUCCUGGAGAGACUCAAGCAGCAGACGCAUCUGGGCAAGCGCAUGGCUAAAUCCAGCGAGAAGCCCCGUCUGCGGCAGAUCCCCUCCUCGGAGGACAUGGAGGCCGAGGGGACGCUCCCAGAGGCUGGGGCUGAGAGCAGCGACCCGGCGAGGGCACGCGUGGAGCCCACACGGCCGGGGAGCAGCGUGAAGGAGCCCGAGAGGAUGCAGAAGAUGAUGCAGCCUCAAGAGGAGCUUAUCCUACAGCAGGCCUAUCUCUGGGAUUCCUACCAGCGCGUGCAGCAGCAGCUCCUCAAGCGGCAGCCCUUGGCUGACUCCCCCAUGGUCCCCACCAUCCAUGCAGGGCACAGGCCCCUCUCCAGGGCCCAGUCAUCUCCUGCCACCGCGACUGUCUCCCUUCCUGCCCAGGACACGGCCUCCAAGACGCUCUCCCUGCCUGUGCAGGAGCAGCCAGCCAAGCCGCACUUCACAACAGGGCUGGUUUACGACUCGGUGAUGCUCAAACACCAGUGCUCCUGCGGCGACAACAGCAACCACCCAGAGCAUGCGGGCAGGAUCCAGAGCAUCUGGUCCCGUCUGCAGGAGAGAGGGCUGCGCAGCCAGUGCGAGUGUCUGCGGGGACGCAAGGCCACCCUGGAAGAGCUGCAGUGUGUCCAUAUCGAGCGCCACGUCUUCCUCUAUGGCACCAAUCCCCUCAACCGCCUGAAACUGGACAACGGGAAGCUGGCAGGGAUCCUGUCACAGCGGACGUUCGUCAUGCUGCCCUGUGGAGGGGUGGGGGUGGACAGUGAUACCAUCUGGAACGAGCUGCAUUCCUCUAACGCUGCCCGCUGGGCCGCGGGCAGCGUCACGGAGCUGGCCUUCAAGGUGGCCACCAGGGAGCUGAAGAACGGCUUCGCUGUGGUGCGGCCACCCGGACAUCACGCGGAUCCUUCCACCGCCAUGGGAUUCUGCUUCUUUAACUCGGUGGCCAUUGCCGCCAGGCAGCUGCAGCAGAAAGGGAAACUCAGCAAGAUCCUCAUUGUGGACUGGGAUGUUCACCAUGGCAAUGGGACCCAGCAGGUCUUCUACAGAGACCCUGACGUUCUUUACAUCUCUCUGCAUCGUCACGAUGAUGGCAACUUCUUCCCCGGUAGUGGGGCCGCUGAUGAGGUUGGUGCUGGCCCUGGCGAGGGAUUUAAUGUCAACGUAGCCUGGACUGGAGGGCUCGACCCCCCCAUGGGUGACCCUGAGUAUCUGGCUGCUUUCAGGACGGUGGUGAUGCCAAUUGCACACGAAUUCUCCCCCGACGUGGUGCUGGUGUCGGCCGGCUUCGAUGCGGCUGACGGCCACCCACCGCCCCUGGGCGGCUACAAAGUCUCUGCUAAAUGCUUUGGCUAUAUGACAAAGCAGCUGAUGAGCCUGGCUGGCGGAGCCAUCGUCCUCGCGCUAGAAGGUGGCCAUGACCUUACGGCCAUCUGCGAUGCAUCCGAGGCCUGCGUGUCAGCUUUGCUGGGCAACGAGCUGGACCCUCUCCCAGAAGAAAGCAUGAGGCAGAAACCAAACCCCAAUGCUGUGCGCUCCUUGGAAACAGUGAUCCAGGUCCAGAGUAAAUAUUGGGUGGCCGUGCAGCGCUUUGCCUCCAAGCUGGGCUGCUCCUUCCUGGAGGCGCAGCACCACGAGGCAGAAGAGGUGGAGACAGUCACAGCCUUGGCCUCCCUCUCGGUGGCCGUGAUGGUGGAGAAGAGGCCACAAGAUGAGCCGAUGGAGGAAGAGGAGCCCAUGAACCAGUGAUGAGCGGUGACGUUCUCUGCUCCCCUGCUUCCAGGAUGUGGCUGGACUCUCCUGAGCCCAGCGCUCGCUCUUCACUCCUGGCUUCCCGUUUGCCACGUCAUCCUCACUCCCCGAGUCACGGUCCUGAAAUGGCCUGGACCUUUGGCUGCCGCCUCUGCAGGUCUCCCAGAAAGGAUGCUCCUGCAGCUACCUGGAAGACGUCCUCCUGCUUGGGACCGAUGGAAAAAACCACAAACUCCCUCUGCACGGCGUGGCCUUGCAAACCUAGACCGUGCCUGCAAUCAGUCCCCAACCUUUGGGACCUGAAACCCCUCUGGGGACAUGUGUGAGAGGCCUCCACCCCUCUGGCUGCGGUGGCAGCCGGACGCAGACCUGCCCUUCUCCUGGGAUCUUCCUCACCUUUGGGGAAGGGGUGGGUGUUGGGAUGGAUGUUGUGGCAGUGCUGCGGGUGGUUGGAGCUGCCUUCGGGACUGCACCCAGAGCUCCUCUCCGGCCGGGCAGCGAUGCCUUUGAGAAGCAGCUCUGUGUUUUGCUCGGGAGGGACAGGCUCUCCGUGUCUUCUCGCGAAGGCUUCCUGGCUCCCCUUCCUCUGGUAGGGCACAAGGAGGAAGCGAGUGUGACGGUGAGAUGGGGUAUGACCUCGUUCUGCAUGAGAAGGUUUUGGACAGCCGUGCGUGAUGCGCUGAUCGCCUUGCAGCUGGGGAAGAGCAAGGGCUGGAGUGUCUGCAGUGCCCAGGAUUGCACCCGUGGGACAUCCUAACCACUAACCAGAGCGUGAACCCUCUGGUGCUGGGGCUCUGAUUUGCACUAUAUACAAUUGACGUGUGCUAAUGU